AUGUGUGGGAAACUUAUUUUGCUUUUAAUUAUCUCAUAUUUUAAAGUUGUUGACUGUGUUCUAAUUAAUGCUGUCGACUGCUUUUUCUCACCAAUAACCGGUCUCCAUACAAAGAUUGGAGAGCUGUCACGCUUCAACAUGAGCUGUCAUAACAGAAUGUGGGAGAAGGGAUAUCCGGUUGCGAUAAUUCAGAUUUACCAGGAUAAAGCUCAGAACGAUUACAAGCUUUGCGUCGAGAUAGACGAUAUUUCACCCUGUGUUCCAAGCUCAGAUCCGAUAUGGUUAAAUAUGUCAGUUCCUCAUCAGAUUUACAAUAUUCAAGUUACCUCUUUCAAUUUUGGAAUACGAUGCAUUAGACAGAAGAAUUACUACCCUUCAGGUUCUCUACUAUUGAAUGCUGGAUACAGUAUACUACAGCUUGAAGCUCAGGGUACCCUGCUACAGUACGGAGUAGAUGAAUACCAGAAUAUUAUGGAUCUGUCUGAUACAUACUCAGAUAUUCUUAUCGUUGGAAAACAGAGCUGGACAAAUAUUUCAACAGAUGAGAUGAUUAGAACUGGGAUAGAUGACCUCACCUUUACUCCAGUAGUUCAUGAGGCUGAUGUCCAGGGAUUCGAGGCUCAGUCUGGAGGUUUAGAGGUUCAGUUUCCGAUAUUCAUGUCAGAAAAUUUAUCUAAAGAUGAACUCGAGGCAAAAGGAUUUUCAAGAGUGAUGACCCUGCUUGCUCUCUGCUUUGCUAACUUUAUGAUUGGAACUGGUAUAGAUGAAUCUGAGGUUCGAGGAGUAUAUAAGGAUAUUAUUUCCUCCUGUAGACAACUUACCUGCGCAUCAUCUCUUCUAUCUUUAACUGCCUGGAAGGUUGGAUUAUUGUGCCAGACAGUUUAUGUUCCACUAAUAUCCUUUACUCUUGGCCAGCUCAUCUUUAGACAUGAUGUAGAGUGUAAUAUGAUCGUAGAUCUUACUAGGAUAGGACUUUUCCUUCUUGGUAUAUCCCCAGGAGCAACAGCAUCAACCUAUUUUUCCCAUAUAUUGUGUGGGGAUCUCUCCCUCUCCGUGCUGCUGGUGAUACUGAGUACUAUAUUGAGUCCGUUUACUAUAAUAUUCUGGAAUAUGAGCCUAGGAGGUUUCCUUAAUACAGAUACUAACCUUCAACCAAUCCAGGUUCCUGGUACAUAUAUACUCAAGUAUUCAGCAGCUCUAAUUUUACCAAUAAUUAUAGGGAUUUAUGCAGGUUCUAGGUUCACCAAGUUUGGAGAAAUAAUGUCUGUAAUCAGGAAACCUAUCAUGGUGGUAGGAUUAAUAGGUGCACUCUUCAUAUACUACUUUCAAUAUAAAUACUUCUUCACAAUAUUCAGCUGGAGACAUUUCUUUGCUUGUGGAGUUCUAUCCGUGGGAAGUACACUGGCUGCUCUCAUUACAGCUCAUUUCUGUAGUUUAACUCAUUCUCAGAUAAUCAGUAUAGGAAUAGAUACGGGAAUGCAGAACAGUGCUCUCAGCUACUAUAUGCUCAAGGGUGUGUAUAUGAACCCUAUGGAUGACUAUGCUACUACACCAGCCAAUGCUCAAAUAUUCUUCACAUCUCUACCCUUGAUGUGCAUAUGGUUUGUUUACACAAUAUUCACAAUAUUCUCCAGAUGGAGGAAUUCAGCUAAACCGGCUGGACCAAUAACACAGAUUCCUCCGUUGACAGUUGACGGUAAACCAUUAACCUGUGUCAAGAUACAAGAUAUUAAACAGUGCUGGGCAGAACAUAAUCUUAAACCUCUCUGGGUCUAAACUUUUCAUAAUAUAUUGUUAAAUUCUUCAAUUUUAAAGUUUAUCAGUUUCAUUUCUAUUCAUCUUCCAUUAUCUCUUAAUAUUCUAUUUGUGGAACUAAUGUCAUUUCUUCAAAGGAUUAUCCAACAUUUACUUUAGAAAUACUUAACUCUGUUGUUAUGAAGCUGAAAACAAAAUAUGUUUAAAAAUAAAAUAUAUAUUUAAUUCCA